AGGCCUCCAACACUCAAGGUUGUUAUUACCACGCCACGCAGAAGAAACAUGCCGAAGAGUUGGGACGGUGGAAUCGGACUUCUCAGCCUCUAUAAAGCGUAUCCAGCAGAAGAACAAAUAAAGGUAGGUGUUGCUGCACAUCUGCUUUUCGUCAAUUUCAUGGCGGUGGAUAUCAUUCUUGCUACUUGCCUCUAUACGAACAAUAUGUGUUUUGACCAAUAUCUCGAGAAGUUCAAGACCGUAGUUGAGGUCUCUAAAGGUAAUUGUGGAUGCAAAGUACUCGAGACGGUUCAGCUUCUCAUUCGACAGUGGGACCACGCCGUGGUUUCCCAGGCCUGCAAAUGGUGCAGAGACCGCGGUGUGAGAAGGGAUGCUAUUCGGCUUUUGCGGGCUGUUGCAUCUCAGGAGGACGUAUGGGAUAGUUUGAUGAUUGCCGAGAUUUGGGAGUGUAUGAUGAAGUUGGAAGAGGAAGGCGUUGAGGCGGAGCAUAUUCCCGAAGAAUCUCGGGUUAAGCUGAAGCUGCGAAGCAUAUCAACAUGA